AUGCUCCGAAGUCCGAAGUCCGACACAAAACUCUGGUUGCCUCACCUCUUCUCCUCGCAAUCUCGACUCUCACCUCCGAAGUUCGACACAAAACUCCAGUUGCCUCACCUCCGAAGUUCGACGCCUCGCCUCACCUCUGAGGCUUCGACACAAAGCCUCAAGCUCGAUCUCUCCGGAAUGCCUCAGAAUGUCUGCCUCUGCCAGCAACACUGCCGAGGCCGGUGGUGGAGAGACUUGUGGGGUUUGCCUGCGGAAGAUGGAUCAUCGGCCUCUCAUGCUCUUGUUGGGUCCCUCGGUAUGCACUCUCCUACUCCCAUUGCCAUCGGGUCCCCUAGUAUGCAAUCUCCUACUCACGAUGGGUCUCCUAUUAUGAAUUCUCCUACCGUAGAUGGAGAUGAGCUCUAUCGAGACUACUCCAGAAGAGUUAGAUGA